AUGGAAAAGAAAAAAUUGCCCAUCCCUCCUCCAGACCGACGCACUCAUCCGAAGAAAAAAGUGAUAUCUUCUUCAAUGGCAGAACUCAUGCUCAGACAAAUAGAUCAAUUGCGUAAAACAAUUGCUGAUUUUUUCAUCAUUCCAUCAAGAAUCAAUUUGAGAUUAAAUUAUUCAGAGUUACCUAACUCUGUUAAUAUUUUAUUAUUUGGCCCAUCCGGUUCAGGAAAAUCUUCCCUAGUAAGAACUCUUUAUAGAGCUCUACAUAACACUGUUCAACUCCCAGCAGAAAUUCGGCACAAGCUUGUAGUAAAAGGUUCAGCUAGAAACGAAGGAACAACGGUAUAUACAACAGUACUCCUUAAAGAAGAAACUCAAUACCCAAAGCCUACAAGCGGCAUCAAAAUCCACGACACACGAGGCCAAAUCUGAAUGGACAACCAUGAGCAAGCCCAAGCUGACUUGAUAUUAGAUGGAAAAGUCAAAGACAUGGCAAGAGUCGAGCAAAGGUCAACAAGAUACGCUUAUAAAUUAUGGGAAUUCUGGAAAAGCGAAUCACAGUUGUUCCCCACAGAAAUUUUAAAAGAACAUCCAACCCUAUCUGAUAAACCGCAUUGCUUAUUAUUUGUUUUUGAUGGAAGUUUAGAAGAAAUUCCUAAUGGGGAAGAAGAGACACUUUUUUAUAGAGAAAUCAUGCAGCUUGCAAGAAGUAAAGGAUAUUUUUAUCCUCAAAUUGUCCUUACACAUAUUGAUAGGGUGGAAGAUAAAUCUAAGGCUGAAGAAGAGCUUACUCCCCCCCCCCCCCUCCGUGAGCGAACAAAAAAAUUUUGUUCGCUCACGGAGGGGGGUUAAUUUUUUUUUUUUAAAAAAAAUUUAUAUAUAAAUUUUAUAAAAAAUAUUUUUUUCGAAAUUUAAAAAAAUCCUAAUUUGCAAAAAUUGGGAAGCAAAUAUUAAUUUAAUUUGCAAAAUUUAUGUUUUAAAACGCAAUUUGUUUAAAAUUAAACAGAAUUUAGCUCUAGAUUUCAUUAUACUAAUUAUCACUUAUAUAUCAAAAUUUUUUUCCAUUAAAAAUUUUUUUCUAUUAAAAAAAUUUUUGUUCACUCACGGAGGGUGGGUUUUUGGUCAAAAAAUGGCGAUUUUUCUAAUGGUUUUGUUCGCUCACGGGGGGGGGGGGGAGUUAGAGAAAUCUUGGAUAUGAAAAUUGAAGGUGUUGUUAUGAAACUCGGAAUCCCCAGAAGUAGUGUUCAUUUUAUUGAAAAUUAUCAUGAUGAUCAGAACGAGCCUGAUUUAAAUGUGGAUUUUCACGUGCUUAGAUUACUGCAUGAAUCUGCACAGCAAGGAGAAUCUUAUUUGCAAAGUCAGCUGAAGGAGAAGUCCGCUUGCGAAAUUCAAUAG